AGCGCCGUCACAACACUGCUAGUAUUUUGACAGCGCGCGCUGCGCUUCACGGAACGGUAGCACGCCAGGACGCGGUUCAGGACUGUCAAGCUACUUAUUAGCCUAAAGGUGUAUGGCCCCAUACUCUGUCAUGAAUCCUGACCAGCGGUCUCUCUCCCAAGAGAUAAAACUACAGGAAAGAGAGGAUUCUGAUAAGGAAGACGGGCAGUCAAAUGUAACGACAACUCCCAAAGGAUACAGAAGCAAGACGUUCAGUCUCCCUUUUAGUGUUGAAUCGCUCAUUUCUGACAGAACUCCAUGUCGGACCCAAAGUUUUUUCCAUGAAUCGGAACUAGUUCCACCGUCUACGCCAGAACGGACACUACUACACUCUCCAAAGACAUUUAACGUGGAGAAAAACUCUGUAAAGAACUUUCAAAAUAUCCCAGACUGCAAGAAAAAGGAGGGCGAAGAUGAAAAUGAUAACGAGCACAGCACUUGGUUUCAAACUUCGGCGUACUCCACCCCUCCAAGACCUCCCAGUCCAUCCGCGUGCACCUUAAGGAAGCACAAAAACAACAGGAAGCCGCGAACGCCGUUCACCACUUCGCAGUUGCUGGCGUUGGAGAGAAAGUUUCGCCAGAAACAGUACCUCUCAAUUGCGGAGAGAGCGGAAUUCUCAAACUCGCUCAGUCUCACGGAGACGCAGGUCAAAAUUUGGUUCCAGAACAGAAGGGCUAAAGCCAAGAGACUGCAAGAGGCCGAGCUGGAAAAAUUCAAACUCGCAACUAAGCCUCUGCUACCCGCUUUUGCGUUUCCAUUCCCGCUGGGAGCUCACAUUGGCUCGCCUUCUCUCUACGGACCCUCUAAUUCUUUUCCAAGACCGACCUUGCCAGUUCCCGGACUUUUCAGUGGACCAGUGACAUAUGGAAUGUACUAUUUGUCUUAAAUAGGUAAAUUGUGUGCAAGUUUUCGCAACCCUUUGUAAAACCGCGUUUAUACGCACAGCUACGCAGAACAUGUAUAUAUGAUAGUAAUUAAAAUAUAUAUAGACCUUCAAACCGGCCCAUUAAAAUGUGUAGGCUGCUACUACCUGUGCUGCGACAAGCCUGUAUCCCCGAUUUCACAUUAACCAGCUCUGAAAACACCAGUUCACAGUAAAAUGUCCAGUGUUAAUGAGUCCAGCAGGGACCAUAUAUGCUCUGUAAGAGUUGACUUAACACUUAAUAUUUCAGUGUGUUCAUUGCGAAGCCAUAGCCCACAGGAAUGGGGGACAGCAACUUUUUCGCUGUGGGGUUUGGCAUCAGGAUUUAACUAAAUUAAGUGCGGCUGGUCCUUGUACUUACACAAAUAAUCAGGCUGCCGUGAAAAUAUAUGAAAUACUAGGUUAUACGAGCAACAAAAACAAAAUACGUUGCUAAAAAUGCAAAAUAUUAAUGCAAAAAUGCAAAAUGGAACCACAGAGUAUACUUAUUGUGUGAAAUUCGAAAACACUGACUGUCAAUUAAAGUUUUUUAAAAAUCUCGCAAUGCUGUUUUGUUGAUUACACGAGGCUUUAUCGUUGAUAGUGUUCAAAUGCAGCCCAUAUUCUUUACGCAUGUCUACAUUUAGCCUAUUCGGGCCUUAUGCCGCGCUGUGUCCCCUUCUAAGGAAUCCCUUACAGUUGCUGGUUGUUCAGGGACGGUGCUAACUGAAAAGAUAUAUUUUAAAACAUAUUUUAAAAAUAGAAUAAAAUAACUAAAUAAAUUGAGUAGGCCCAAUAUACAGAAAUAAAAUAAAUUUACAACAGGCAUACUUAUUUUGCAACAGACAUCAAGCCCAGCUAUAACAGACUAUUUUAACAAUGAUAGGACUAAUAUUGUCUUCCAAGACUACAUACACUUAUGUAGUAGACUCACUAAGUAUAACAUGCCGGCGAUUUAAAAAGCAUUUUAACUGUAUACACUGCAGCUUUGUUGUUUUCAGGUUAGUGUCAAGGGCAUGUGUCAGAACGUUCUAAAAUACGAAGGACACUAUUUUAAAAUGAUUUUAAAGUUUUCGUUUAGAAACCAAAUAUCCAUCAGCUCGAAACAAAGAUUGUAAAAUAAUUAUAAAUUCAAAUUUACAAUUCUUAUAACGUUGUACUAGCCUACAGAAGAUAAUCUGGAAUUUGUUUUUUUCGGGUCAAGACCUCAAGUGUAUUUGUAUAUUUCAAUAAUCUUUAUUUUACACAAUGAAAGUAUAUUCCUGUCAACAAAAUAAAAGGGUGUAUUUUUCUAAAUCCCGUAACGUUUUUUCCCAUUUGAACAUUUUCACAGGAUGUUCGGUCAACUAUAUGCUUUGUUGCGUAUGUGUGUCUAUUUUUUUUAACUUUUGAGAACUUUAUGGGCUACUUGGAAAAACAGUAAACUUUAUAAGUUUCCAUG